AUGUCGCAGACACCAUACACGCCUACCUCGCCAUCGAGGUCGACCUCACGUGAUGCGCCACCACCAAUCGAUUCGGUGCCGUCUUCACCGCGCAGGCGCAGGAAGACCACCGUCUACAGCGACAGAUUCAUACCGACCCGUCAAGGAGUGGACCUUCAACAAGCCUUCAGCAUGUCAUCGGUAGACCCAUUACCUCACUCUUCGAAUACUGAGAACGAGCUGGACUCUCUCAGGGAGGAGACGGCCAACAGAACGUUCAAUGAGGUAUUGAGGACCGAGUUGUUUGGAACUGCAGCUGGCACUGGAGUAGUUGCCACAGCUGCCUCCGGGUCUGGUUCUGGGGGGAGCUCAUUUCCAUCAACACCGCCACGGAAUUCUACCUCUUCUUUGGAAUCCAAGGUGUUCAGCUACCAUUCUCCCUCGAAACCAAGACCUUCCUCCACAGAUAUGGCUAAUGAUCUGUACUCAACGUCGCCAGUAAGGUCCCAAACGCAAAAAUUACUACUUUCUCCACAAAGACGGCAUCGAACGAUUGCCAAAGUUCCAUAUCGUGUGCUGGAUGCACCUGAUCUGGCGGAUGAUUUCUACCUCAACCUGGUUGACUGGGGUCCACAGGACGUUCUGGCAGUUGGCCUGGGAUCCGCGGUAUAUCUAUGGGAUGGCGCUUCUGGUGGUGUAUCAAGGCUGUGUGAACUACCUCAGGACGAUUCUAUAACGUCGCUGGCCUGGAUUGGCGCUGGUACACAUCUCGCUGUGGGAACACAUUCGGGCAUGGUUGAGAUUUGGGAUGCAAUUGCGUGCAAGUGCACUCGGAGAAUGACUGGUCAUUCUUCGCGUGCCUCUUCUUUGGCUUGGAAUCAGCACAUACUGACAUCUGGAUCGCGAGACCGGUCGAUUCUGCACCGGGACGUGAGAGAGCCGGCCCACUUUGCGAAGCGGUUGGAAGCUCAUAAGCAGGAGGUCUGUGGUCUGCGGUGGAACGUUGAAGAGAAUAAGUUAGCCAGUGGUGGAAAUGACAACAAACUGUACGUUUGGGAUGGUAUGAGCGAUACUCCGCUGCACAGAUACACCGAGCACGUAGCUGCCGUGAAGGCCAUUGCGUGGUCUCCGCACCAACGUGGUGUAUUAGCGAGUGGUGGAGGAACUGCGGAUCGCCAUAUAAAGGUCUGGAACACUUUAACCGGAACAAAGCUCCAUGACGUCGAUGUCGGAUCGCAGGUGUGUAAUCUGGCCUGGUCACGGAACUCAAAUGAACUGGUGAGCACACAUGGCUAUUCCCGAAACCAGAUAGUCGUCUGGAAUUAUCCCUCGAUGCAACAGAUUGCCUCUCUGACUGGGCACUCAUAUCGUGUACUGUACCUGGCCAUGUCUCCGGAUGGGCAGACCAUAGUGACUGGAGCUGGUGACGAGACGUUGAGAUUCUGGAAUGUAUUCGAAAAGAGCAAGAGUGAUGGUGGUGCUCCUAGUGUUUUACUGGAUGCUUUUAUGCAGUUGAGAUGA